AUGAGGAAAAAUCAUUGUGCAAUAUGCCCAGAUGUCCUAAAAAAGCUUAAUGCUUCAAUUAUGGAUAGCAAAAUUUGGAUAGCAAUUCCAUGUGGAGAUUUGCAUCGAUCCGUCUUUGAGGUAUCCCGUCGGCAUGAAAAGUUUGUUGUGAACCUUAAGCGACAUACAUGUACUUGUAGAAUAUGGGACAUAUCGGGCAUUCCUUGCAAGCAUGCCAUAGCUGCAGUAGAUAACAUUGGUGGAAAGCAUGAAGAUUUUGUAAGUGAGUACUUCAAAAAAGAGAACUUUUUGAAGACAUAUGGGAGAGCCAUCAAGAGGAGCCGUAUCUUGCAGCAGACAGGGUAUGUUGAAGCAAAUGAAGUACUGGAGAUAAAGGAUAUUGCCAUGGCAAGUUGUGUAAUGAUGAACAAGGGAAAGCAUAUUGUAGGAUUAGUCUCGACUCUUGAUACCAUUCUAAACAUCCAAUGCGCAGCGACCAAAACCUAA